GUCAGGAGAAAGGGUUACCUAGCAACUUUGACACAGGAUUCUCUUGUGUACAGAAGUGGGAUUAUUUUGCAGACUUUCACCAGACAGCAGUGAAGGGGGAAAACACCUCUUUGCCCCAUGGCUGUAGCAACCCUUUAAAUGAACCAAAGAAACAAUUAUUCAAGUGGAAAUGGAGAAGCUGAAAAGUCCAGUGACCAGCCCCUACAAAGGAAAGGACAUCAUAGCUUUGGCUUGGAAACUGAAACAUGUGGCUUUGGACACUCCUCUUCAGUUCAGCGCUCAGGCCUUGAGACCCCAAUCCAAGAGCACUGCUCGGUUUGGCAGCCUCAGCCAUCACUCUUUCUUCUCCCGGCAUAACCCUCACCCACACCGAGUGACUCAUAUCCAAGGCUUGAAUGGCGCUCCUGUUUGCACAGUUAAUGAUGAAUGGAACAUUCUUCCACCACAUCCAAUGAUGAAAAGUCAGAUUUGUACUUCUGUUUUGGGGGUUUGUGGAAUCCAAAGGCCCAUUGGAGAUCCACAACCUAUUCCAGUCCCAAGGCUAUCAAUAGGCUCUUUGUCAGAUGCAUGGCGAGAAGAACUGAGGGAGCUCGCUGCAAGAGUGACUGCUACUUCUUUCACUAAGAAAGAGAAAAAGGAGACAGCAGCAGACAGGGCUUUGUGUUGUCGAAGUCUGGGUUGCUGUGAGUUUUCUGGACUGUAUGGCCAUGUUCCAGAAGCAUUCUUUCCUGACGUUUCACCCACAUCUAUGGCAGGCAUCCUCAGAGGUUGUGAGACCGAGAAGUCACGGAGAGAGACACAAUACUCAGAAGAAACAGGACGCCUUAUUCCACCUCCUUCCCGAGCCAUAACUCGUCAUUCAUCCCACCGUACACAUAAGAACAAUGUCAAGAAUAAAGGCAAAGAUGCUACGAUGACUUUUCAGGACCAAGAACUGAUAAUUUUGGAAAUGCUGUGUCAGAUCCUGCAGACAGACUCCUUGACUUCUAUUCAGCAAUGGCUCCUCACUGCUGGUCAAAGAGAUAAAGAUCUUGUCAUGGGAUUGUUGCAGAUUGCAACAGCCAACCUUCAGACACAGGAGUGGACCACUAACAUGGAAGAGAAUUGUCCACAGUUGUCCCCAAAUACCUCAAGCUGCUCCUCUAGCCUAUGCAACCUUGGGAAAAAUCACUUGAGAAGAGUGUGCGUAAAGACACAAAAGCCAGAGCCUAUCCCAGAAGAAGAGAAACCAGUACAUGUCGGCACUGCAGAAGUUCUUCAGUUCCACUCAAAUCUGAAUGAAAAGCAAAAACAACCAGCUACUAAGUAGAAAAUGAUGUUCUUCCUGCAGCUCCAGUACUUGCUGUUACCUGCUUGACUGUUUCCCUCCUGAUAUUCAGCAAAUAGCAACAUGGCUACAUGAAACAGUCCAGUAUUAGAAAAUGGACUAUAUUGUCUCGUAGUACAUAUAUAUUAUAAUGUGUACAUUUUAGGGAUUGACAAGAGUUUCUUUACUGAGACUCAAGUAUUUUGAGGAUGCCUCCUGAUGGACAAAAGUGAAUGCUUCCAAUCAAAACGCACUGUAUAGCAUUUCUCUUUUUCUUUUUAACAGAUUUACCAUUAAAAUAACAAUGAGGGAAGAAACAGUGAGGGUUAUAAAUGGAAUUCAACAUAUUAAGGAAUCCUUUAUUCACUCCCAUUCAUAAAUUGCAAAAUAGUGCAAUUGCAACAUAAAAAAACUUGUCCGGAAGCACACCAAAAGGAAUUAUAUCACAACCACUUGUAACUGAUGGCACUAUCUUAUGGAGAUGCAAAAUAUGUUGUUUAGUAAGGCAUUUCAGAUUUAUGGCUAGAAAACUUUAGGACUACAAUAGCUAAGAUUCUAAUAUUUCACCAACCUACAAAUCUUAAGAGUGUGUUGAACAGAGUUUCUGCAACUAUGAUGUGAUGAUACCCUUUUAAAUUCUUGAAAAGAUUUGGAUCUGCUAUAUCCUACUAUUCCUUCUUAAUAUUUGACAAAAUCCAUCAAGGAUUCAUUGCAUAUUAAAUAUAGUAGACAUAUCAUUGAUGAUACAGUCCCUAUUGUGGGAUGACUCUGAGAUCAGUAAAUAAGAGUGGAUAGUGAGUUAAAUAUGUAGUCAGUUUAGGCUGGUAUGUAGGCUUUAUUGUAUGUUGAAGUGUGACUAUCACCUUUCCAAAGUUUUGAAGAAAUAUAUGAGCUUGAUUUUAUCCCUGGGGUUUAUAAAGCAUAGGCCCAAGAGUGUGAUCUCUUUCAGGUCAGUGAUCUGGCUAGUCUGUUGUUAAGCAGCAGAAAAAAAUCUGAUUGCAGAGGACAGGAAGAGGAAUGUUCUAUAGAAAACAAAAUAUUGGAAUAGGACAGAGAAGAUCAAAACACUGAUCCUUAGUCAUGAAGCUCAAAUGGGUGAAAUUGGACCAAAUAAUCAAAUCAAAUAAAUAUAUCAAAACAUAGAA